AUGAUAAACACACUGAACGUUGUAGGAAUCACAGUCGUCGCAACUCUUGCUGCCGUUUGUUACGGCAAAAGUACUUCUCCACGCGGCUUUUGGAAGUUCUUGAGGCAGAAAGCCGCCCUCGUGGCUGGCAGAGGACUACCUGACUUUGCUCAGUUGACAGGUUUCCCCCAUCCAAAGCCAGUAUACGGCUUUAACAUAGCUCACGCUCGUCCUCGUCCAUACCGGCCUUUCAGAUGGAAAUAUCAUCAGAACAUGUCCCUCAAGAAUCUGGAACCAGACUAUUGGCUGGAACUGGAGAGUACAUAUUGCGAUCGCAUUACGCAACGGCGGCAAAUCCAUGCCCUCCAUGGCAAAUGUGUCAUAGAUGAGCUGCCUGGUAGCCAAGCAGCUUCAAAGGAGUUGAUGGAAAUGGUCAUUCAGUACCUCUGCCUCAGGUACCCUCAACAGUUUGAGUUUGACGAGUGGACUUCGACGUUCCGCAACCACAUCCUCGGUUCGACGGCCAACAUUUCAACGAUCCAUCCACUGGUUUUCUUACUCGAGAACGUCCCAGAGGACUUUCUCAUCACCCAGGAAGACCCUGAUACGGGACUCUACACCUUACGAGCUGCCGUCUCGACAUCAGCAGUUGGCUGGAAUAUCGGUCAAAAGAUAGGCAAACCACUGCACGAAAUUCAUGGCCCAGUCCCAGAUUAUAAGGAGAAGAUGGCGUUCUCAAUGGACAGGCAAGUAAUGUACUUUUCCAAGAUGCCUUGUAACAAGCCCAUCCAGCGAGGAUCCUGGGGCCUCGAAAUCGGGAAGCCUCUCUAUCUUCAGACGGAUGAACCAGAGUGGACUCAUCGUCAACAUCAGAAUCCGGACCUUCCUCUUUCCGACAUUCACAUGCGAGUUGAUUGGCAAACAUUACGCCGCCUGCCAAAAUCCCGCGCUAUCGUGUUUAACUUCAAGGCCUUAUUCACGCCGGUGACGGAUUUCCGUGAAGAACCAUUUAUCCCGAAGUUACUUUUGAAGAUUUUGCUUGAAGGAAAAAAGCCAAUCAUGGAGUAUAAAGGAACAUGGUCUAUCGAACACAAGGUUAUACCUGCAUUACGAGAGUGGGCAAAGGAGCAAGAGGAUAAGGGAUGGGUCCCAAAAGAUUGGCAAGAGAGGACAUUGAAUGAGGACCCCUUUUAUCCUGGAUGGGAGCAGCAACGUUACCCAAUUCCUACUUAA